GAAAGCUGUCCAGCUCUCCCUCCUUUCUUUUUUGUUUUUGUUUUAGAAGAAAUCCCUCCUUUCUUUUAAAAGCCCAUCCAGAACACACAUCAAAAACCAAAAAACACACAAUUUCAGCAAGAAAGCAAAGCAGAGCACAAGAUCUUAAAAAAAGAGGAGAAACAUAAACAGGGGGAGAGAGAGAGAGAGAGAGAGAGAGAGAGAGAGAGAAGGGAGAAAAAUUGAAGUAGCAAAGCAACAAACAAUCAAAAUAUGAAGCGAAGGGAGGCCAAAGGAGCACUCUCAGCUGAUCUCUUAGUAUGUUUUCCUUCAAGAACCAAUCUAAAACUCAUGCCGAAGCCAAUUUGCAGUCCGGCAAGGCCCUCGGAGCCCAACUGCCGCCACCCCCACCACCACCAGCAUCAACUCGUAAAAAAGUCGAGCAUUGGGAGGAGCGGUCUUGGUCAUGCUAGUCCUCUGAUGUGGGCCAAGACCAAGUCCGUGGGUUCGGAGAUCUCUGAGCCCACGUCCCCAAAAGUCACAUGUGCUGGACAAAUCAAAGUCCGGCACAAGUCAGGCUCGUGCAAAAGCUGGCAGUCAGUGAUGGAACAGAUUGAGAGAAUUCACAACAACAAAAAACAGAGGAAACAGAGGAGACCCAAUUGGGCUGAGGCUUUCGGGUUCAAGAAAGAAGUCAUGCAAUUCUUGACUUGCUUGAGAAGUAUCAGGUUCGAUUUUCGGUGUUUCGGUUCUUUUCCUCACGAAUCCGAUAUUACUUCCGACGACGACGAAGACGAAGACGAAGAAGAUGAGGAAGAAAACAGAGACGGUCGACAAAACCAUGUGGGUGGUGUGGGAAUUAGUGACGGUUCUGACCAGAGUAGCUCUAGUACUGUGUUUUCGAAAUGGUUUAUGGUUUUACAGGAAAAUCAGAGUCAUGGGUUUUGUAAAGAGGACAAAAAGGAGAGAAACUGUACGCCAAAUUUCGAUGACGGCGUCGGAAUUGGAUCAACUUCUGAAGCUCCAGCAGCCGCCGUUCCACCGCCAAAUGCUUUGUUACUAAUGAGGUGCAGGUCCGCCCCUGCAAAAACAUGGCUAGAAGAGAAAGAAGAAGAAGACGACGACGAAGACGAAGAAGAAGAAGACGACGAAGAAGACGAAGAAGAAGAAGACGGCGACGAUGAAGGAGGAGAAAAUGGGUUGGAGAAGGAAGAGAAACAAGCAAAAGUUACACUGAGGAGUUUAAUGGAGGAAGACAAGCAGAAAAAGAAGAUGGAGAAUUUGGUGGUGAGGGCAUAUGAUUCUGAUCUCUACAACAUUUCAUCAGACAUUGCAAAGGAGACGUGGGUUGUUGGUGGAUUGAAGGAAGCAAUUUCCAGGAGUCGAAGUUGGAAGAUAUGAUGCUUUUUGUUUUUGGGUUCUGUUAAUUUUCUGCUUUGAUUUGUUUUUUAUUUUAUUUUUGUGAGCUGUUUUGUCCACUGAAUUAUUCAGUGGGAAACUGGUAAAUUCCAAGCUCCUUGAGCAUUACUUUUGCUUCAUUCUUGUUGCUCUAGAUUAUUACAGGUACAACUUUCUCCUUUUUUUCCUGGAAAGGGGUUAUGCCAGCAUUUUAUAUUUUCUUGAUGUAUAUCUUUUUAAUUAAGAAAUCAGAAAUUACUUGUGAUUUUUAUU